AAAAAUAGUUGGCAUUUAAAUACCAAUUUUCUUUGAGAUUUUACAAUUUAUUAAAAUUACAUCUUCACAAAAUUUUGUCAAUUGGUAAGAAACAAGAAUUGAGGAAAAGAUGAAGAAUUUGUUGUGUCACACAAAAUAUGUUAAUUUUCAGUUAGUUUUGCUGUUAUCUUUAUGUACUAGAUUUUCUGCAUGUGAAAUAAGAACAAAUCAAAGAUCAAAUUCUCUCAGUUUUUCUUCAAAGUCACUAUUAAGCACUCAAAACUCUUCUGGGGUUGGUCCUGGUGAUGCAGUGAUAAUUGUGGAUCAUGGUUCAAAUCGGAAAGAAGCCAACCUCAUGCUUAGUAAAUUUGUGGAGAUGUUUAGAAACAAAACUGGAUACAAGAUUGUGGAGCCUGCUCAUAUGGAACUAGCAAAACCAUCAAUUGCAGAUGCUUUUCAAUCUUGUGUUCAGCAAGGUGCACACCGCAUUAUUAUCAGUCCCUUUUUCCUCGCAACCGGGAAGCAUUUUAAUGAGGAUAUUCCUGCCUUGAGUGCAGAGGCAGCAAAGCAACACCCUGGUGUGUCAUACCUUAUUACUGCACCCCUUGGACUCCAUGUGCUACUUGUGGAUAUUGUGAAUGAUAGGAUUAAUGGUUGCUUAAAGCAUGGAGCUGGUGAUGCAGAAGAGUGUUCAGUUUGUGAUGGGAUUGGAAAAUGCAUUCUCAAGCAAGAAGCUGGAAGCCAAAGGAAUGUUUAAAUUCAGCUGCAAAAGUUCUGAAUCCAUAACUUCAAGAAGCAGAUUGCUUUUCAAGUAGACAAAAAUAAUAAGUUGAUCGUUUUUUUAAGUAAACGAAAAUAAUAAGUAGUCUGACGUUUUGGUUCGAACUCCGAUCACGGCCUUCGACCUAACAGUUUCAGCUAAAUUAAAUCGCACGACGAAUCUGUAUAUUUAGUGAUUUUGAUAUGUAUCCAUUAAUAAAGUGGAUUAAUUUUGACUAAAUUUCGGCUAACGAAUCAUUAUAUUUAGA